AUGCCCUACAUCGAUAUCCCAUCCAGGGACGACUACGUGUCUAUAUGGUACAUCACGAACUCCGUCCACGGGAACGUUGGCAGCUUUGACCCAGAGCGCCCCACUUGCAUCCUCCUUCAUCCUUUAUUUCUGGACUCAAGCUGGCUGAUUAGGCACUUUGAUGAUCCCAGACUCUCCCGCGACUACAACUUGAUAGCUUUUGACCAGCGGACUUGUGGACGAUCACGAUGUAGACCCAGUCAAUGGCAUGACAGUUAUGUUGAUGCAGCAGAUCUUGCUAUGGUCUGUCAGGCUUUGCUCUUGCCUCCUGCACAUAUAUUGGCAUUCGAGUGUAUUUCUGUUAAUGCAGCUCUCAGACUCGCUGCAGUGUGGCCUGAGCAGGUCCUGAGUCUAACUUUAUGCGACGUCCCCCCUCCGACAGAACUUCAAUGGGUCUUCCACGCUUAUGACGAACUCCUUCAAUUGUGGUGUUACGCGCCCGACCUCGACUCGUUUGAACAUGCAGGGAAUGAAGUUGUGACUUUCAUGACUGGGAGUGACAAUCUAGACCUUCAAGAUGAUUUGAUAGCCUACUGGGAGAAAUACACACCUCCAACAAAACGCCUGAGGAUUGUAGAACUUGUUAACAUUAUGAUGAACGUGAGCGCUAUAUUGACGUCCGUUUAUGCUUCCAGCUCAUCUGUCAUGUAA